CACCAGAGGUGAGCUCAGACACUGCUGCUGUAUGAGCACCACAUGUCUGAAUUUUACCAUUGAGUAGAUCUUCUUUAAGCUCCACAACAAGCAUUGACUGAUCCUCUGCAUCUGACCAGCGGGUGCCAAUGAAGGAGGCGGGGGACGCAGCUAAAGGCACUGACAUCGCCUACAAAGAGUAUCAGGACGACUUUGAAAACAUGGAUCCCAACGAAGAGAGGGCCUUCUGGAGAAAAGAAUCAAUGCCCAGGCUUGGAGUGGCUCCCCCUGCUGGUCGACCCAUGUGGCAACUGUGCGCUGUCCUGACGGUUUCAGCCAUUCUCCUGCUCGCCCUCAUCAUCACCGUGUCCGUCAGCAACGUGAAGGUGGACAGGAAGUUCACAGCCCUGGAAAAGACAGUGGCCAACCUCAGUGCCUCUGUGGCUUCCAUCACUUCCAAGAUGGCGGACACCAAACACAGUGACAAUCUCAACAGAGAAAUCAAUGCAGUGAAAACCUCUCUGAAAAACACUGAACGUGUGCUGACCUCAGUCAUGACGGGAAUGGAUGCACUGGAACCUCUGAAGAGGACCGUCUCUGAGCUGAAAUGUUCCCUGGAGAAAUUUAUUAAGAACGUAACCACUGAGGGCUGCUGCCCGCAUGACUGGGUGUGGUACUCUUCCGCCUGCUUCUUCUUUUCGGAUGAAGGCAUGGCCUGGGAGUCGGCCCGUGACCACUGCAGCAGCUUUGGUGCCUCAUUGGUCAUCAUGAAGGACGACGCCAAGUGGAACUUUGUAGCAAAGAGGACAAAGCCACUUUAUUACUGGAUCGGCCUGACAGAUGAGAGGACUGGCGAGUGGGAGUGGGUGGACGGGACACCGUACUACAUGAACAGGAGGCAAUGGAAGCCAGGCCAGCCAGACGACUGGACGGCGCACGGGUUGGGGGGAGGUGAAGACUGCGCCCACCUACACGAUGACGGCAGGCUCAACGACGACCACUGCUCCCGCCAAUACCGCUUUGUCUGCGAGAAGCCCGUUGAGUCGACAUCAGGCUGAGGAAAAGGAAAGAAAUUAUGACAAAUUAUGAAGCUGUAACACUGGAAGUUUUGUGACUUUGUUACCUUAGCUAAGCCAAAAAAGACAAUAAGAACUUAAGAACAUAUUAUGACGAGAACAGGCCAUUCAGCCCAACUAAGCUCGCCAUUUCAAUUAAAGAG